AUGAACAUUCGACCCGUCUUUGUCUUUGAUGGACCGGAGGAUAAGUUCAAAAAGAGUUCUAAAGGACGAAGCAUGAAAGCUGAAACCUGUAAUAUCAUCAAAGAGGCUCUGACAGGGCUCGGUGUGCCUCAUAUCGAUGCUCCCGGAGAAGCCGAGGCAGAUUGCUGCAAGUUACAGACCUUGGGGCUGGUCGAUGCAGUGUGGUUACAAGAUUCGGAUUGCUUAAUGUUUGGCUGCACGUUUUGGAUCCGCAAGCUUCGCACGGCUAGAGAACCAGGAAACAAUAGUCGCCACAUUGGUGACACCAAGAAGGACCAUACGAGAGUACGAGUCGUUCGAGCGGAAAACUUGAAGAUGAAAAAUGGAAAGUUUCAGCUCAAGAAGGACGGUUGUGUUCUGUUUGCUAUGCUUGUAGGGGCUGAUUUCGAUCAAGAAGGCCUCCCGCGUUGUGGGAGAGACACCGCAUUCGAGCUAAUUCAGGCGGGUCUAGGUCGCAGCCUGUGCUCGAGUAAAAGCCAACAGGAUUGCGAUGUCUGGAGAGAAAACGUGCUGCGCAAAGUCCUCGAACCUUGCAAGCACUUCAAUUUCUGGAGCAAAAAGUACUACAACCAUAUUGGACCCGUACUUCUAUCUCGAUUUCUCGCAGAACGAGACAGAUCGCUUCCACACGAGGUGCCACACGGUAUAGAGCUCGUCAGAACAAGAACUAAAAAGACAGAAGACUGUCCACAGCCUAUCCUCAUGCGCAAACUGACAUUCUCGCCACUUGGCCUUAGCAUCCUGAACAGGCAAGACUUUGAGCGUUACGAAAGCACGAGACCUUGGAAAACCGACACUAGCUUCAACGAAGAUCAAAGAGUUACGUGCGAGAUCCCGACUUUUUUGCUGCAAGACGUAUUACCUCCGGAUGUGCUGGAGCCGCCGAGUGCCGCAGCCAAGAAACAGCAGGCAAAGCGGAAGCAACAGGGCGAUUCUGGACAAACAGAAACACCCGCGAAGAAGAGAGGUCGACCUCGUAAGCCUGACAAUGCAACUGGAUCGAGUUCCGCGCAGACUUCACACUCAACAAUAUCUCCUCGGUUUCCGACUACACCCAUGACUCCGCAAACACCGGGUACGCUUGCCAACAUGCUAAUUUCCUUGUCCGACGAUGAAGACGAGGAAUUGCAAGAAGCUAUACGAAGAAGCAGGCAAGACUUCAACAGAAAUCUCCAUACACCUCUAGGACCAAAGAGCACGCCUUUCUUGGCUACCAUGCCGGGGUCCUCUGUGAUCAUAUCGCCCAGAGUUGGUAUGCAUACCACACAACAUACGCCUGUACGCACACCACACAAGUCGAGCUUUACCCUAGCAAGGCCUCGUGUACCGGUUGACUGGACAUCCAAGGACGUUGAUUGUAUCGAUUUGACCAGAGACUGA